GAUCUCAGCUGGAGCAGGGAGAGAGAGAAGCAUACAGAGAGAGGAGUGUGUGUGGAUGUACUCGCCUGCCUCGCUGACUGACUGACUGUGUGUGUGUGUUUGUGUGUGACAGAACGAGGGGAGGACGCGUGGAUACUACUCCACAGGACUGGAUGUGUUUAGCGUCACGGAACGAGACCACACGUACAACAAAAACAGAGAGUUGGGCGGGCGCAAAGUGCUGACUGAAGUGCAGGCAGACACCAGUGCAGAGUGCGGAGGAGUUAGCAGACAAGGCAGAGCACACGAGACCUGACUGACAGCGCCCAUGGCAAGCAAUAACACGGCCAGCAUCGCACAAGCCAGGAAGCUGGUGGAGCAGCUGAAGAUGGAGGCGAACAUCGACAGGAUAAAGGUGUCAAAAGCAGCAGCGGACCUGAUGUCAUACUGUGAAGCUCAUGCCAAAGAGGACCCUCUGUUAUCGCCCGUGCCAGCGUCAGAGAACCCGUUCAGGGAGAAGAAGUUCUUCUGUGCCAUCCUGUAAACUCGGUAUGGCCCUUCAGCAGUCUGCUCCGUGUGGGACUUUGAACGUGGACGUUCAAAAUACGUAGAAAUCUUCUAGUAGGAGGGCACGGUGAUUAUUGCCCCCCCUUUGUCGAACGGCACGUAACGAGUGCGAAAAUUAAAACCCACAGAGUUUACAUGUAACCAUUAAAGGGGUUGUGAUUGUGAUUUGUUGAGGGGUGUUGCAGCAUGUUGAAGGGGUCUGUGCUUUUAGAUGACACUAAAGGGGUGAUGAUGAUGAUGAUGAUGAUGUGUGAUGAUAACCCAGAGACGUGACGGACAACCAGUCAACCUACCAAGUCUUCAGGUUGUGAUGUGUACAAAACAAAAAAAAUAGAUAAAGUGAGAAUAAAAAUAUUUUGUGGUUCUUUUUGGGACUUCCUCUGUUAAAUGGUUUGUGGGUGGGCAGAGCAACGUAGGACAGCAAACUAAAAUACGCCUACCACUAGACGCCACCUGAUUAUUGGAAUGUUUUUUAAGUUGUUUAUGUUUAUUUCAACUUUACCUAUCACCUAGAUAUCUUUCUAUAACUGUACGUGCAACAGCUCUCUUUUGUUUUUACACCAACAGGUUAGUGAAAGCUUUUUUAAAUGGGAUGUUUGAAACAUUCGAUUCUGUGAUUCUUCUUUACCUGUCUGAAAAAUCUGAUCUCUAUGUAUCAACAUCUAUCCGGCAAAUGUGAUGCAGUUUGUCUCCUUCAGAUACAGAACCCUCUUUCUACUGUUUGUAUAAAAUAACUAGCAAGUAAACUGUGCUGUGCUGUGAGUUCUGGAUGUUUGUGUUUGUGUCAUUAACUAUUGCAUGAAACAGACAAACAGUCGUCUUUAUUUUCUUUCAUGUGCAGAUUGUGUGAAACAGGGCGGCCUCCGUCAGGAAGUGCCAAAACAUUAAAAACAAGAAUGAUUCAA